GGCGGCGGCAUCCUACCGCUUCUUCUCCGCUGUUAAUCACCUCGACAGGUUCACCUCGUCCCACCCACAAACCACUCAUUCAGAAGUCAACUAUGGCCGCAGCACGAAACGAAAACGUACCUUCACCAGCGCAGGGCGUCGGUCCAUUCUACAGACCCGAAGGCGAAAAACCUACGGCCACUGUCUCUAAGGAAGUGUCCUUCGAGAAUGUCCACGUGCUUCCACAGACUCCGCAAUUGAUCGCUCUCUUAACGUACGGUUCGCGCCAGAUGCAUACCGCUCGACUGUGCUAACGAGAAGGAAUAGUAUGAUAAGAGACCAAAACACCCCGCGCGCCGACUUUAUCUUCUACUCGAAUCGUAUCAUUCGUCUUUUGGUCGAGGAAGGCCUGAACCAUCUUCCCGUCGUGGAACACACUGUAACAACACCAGUUGGGCGGUCAUACCUGGGCGUCAAGUUUCAAGGAAAGAUAUGCGGUGUUUCUAUAAUGAGAGCUGGAGAGGCUAUGGAACAAGGUUUGCGGGAUUGCUGUCGAUCCGUCCGUAUCGGCAAGAUCUUGAUUCAGAGAGAUGAGGAGACUUGCCAGCCGAAAUUGUUCUACGAUAAGCUUCCCGCAGAUAUUGCGCAGAGAUGGGUGCUCUUGCUCGAUCCGAUGUUUGCUACGGGUGGCUCAGCCACGAUGGCUGUGGAAGUGCUCAAAUCAAGAGGAGUGCCGGAGGAGCGUAUCCUGUUCUUGAACCUGAUUGCCAGCCCUGUGGGUGUGGCGGAUUUUGCUGAGCGUUUCCCUAAAUUGAGAGUGGUAACAGCUUUCAUUGACCAGGGACUGGACGAGAAGAAAUAUAUCACGCCCGGCCUUGGUGACUUUGGCGACAGAUAUUAUACCCUGUAACGGGAUAGAAUUGCAUGCUUUUCUGGAAUGACACUUGGAGUUUUUUUUAAGAGAAUGAAUUCACUUCCACGUUAUAGCAUCCUUAUAUGAAUAAAGAUACGUCGAAUAUGUAAAGAUCAAACGCCGACUCCCUCCCAUACCGAGACAGAACAAAUUGAUAAAAAAAAAGAUAGCGUCGAUUACAGAUCGUCGUGCACAGGAUCCUCUAAAUCUGCGUCAGGGCCUGCCGAACCGCGCGAAUAGACGGCUUGUGAUCCCGAAGCGUCGUACGUAUUGGCUUUGGAUUUUGCGACUGCAUCGCAAGCGUCUACCCAGUCCGAAUAUACAUCAACAGCGGCGGAAAGAU